CACUGGCUUGUGCUGACGAGCCUUAACGCCGAAGAGGGCUGCGGCUCCUUUAAGAAGCGUUUCCGCCGCGAAAGGGGUUUUUUUUUUUGUCCCUCGCCAGUGUCCGUCACGAGUGCCCGUUUCCUGCUUCCGAGGCGAUUCGAGAGCCGCUUCCGCCCCCCGACUUGCCCGGUUCUUUCUGUUGCUCUUGCGGACCCGACGCUUUUGGCGAUGAGCCUCCCAGGGCUAAGCUUGAAAAAAGCUGCUGCUUUCUCCCAAGCCCUGAGAGCGGAGCCUCGGUACUUGUUAGCCCAAAAUGUCGCAACCUGUGGAGACCCACUGGAGGUGUGCCUGGAGCGGAAUGUGGUGCAAGACACGCUCCAGGUGUUCCAGCACACAGUACCGGCUGAAGGCAAGCCAGUCACCAAUCAGAAGAACUCAGGGCGUUGCUGGAUCUUCUCUUGUCUGAACGUGAUGCGUCUCCCGUUCAUGAAGAAGUUCAAUGUCGAGGAGUUUGAGUUCAGCCAGUCAUACCUCUUCUUCUGGGACAAGAUCGAGCGUUGCUACUAUUUCUUGCACGCAUAUGUGCAAACAGCUCAACAGGAGGAGCCGGUAGAUGGUCGACUGGUGCAGUUCCUGCUUUCCAACCCUUCCAACGAUGGUGGGCAGUGGGACAUGCUCGUGAACCUUAUAGAAAAAUAUGGUGUUAUUCCCAAGAAGCUUUACCCGGAGUCGCAUAGCACAGAGGCCUCCAGAAGGAUGAAUGACAUUCUGAACCAUAAGAUGCGGGAAUACUGCAUCCGACUAAGAAACAUGGUAGAGACUGGUUGCAAUAAAGGCGAGCUCGCUGUUGCAGUGGACACCAUGAUAGAGGAGGUGUAUCGAAUAGUUUCCAUCUGCCUGGGGAGCCCACCAGAGACGUUCUGCUGGGAAUUCUACGAUAAGGAGAAGGCCUAUCACAAGAUUGGGCCCGUCUCGCCAUUACAGUUCUACCAGGAACACGUCAAGCCCGUCUUCGAUAUGGAAAGCAAAGUUUGCCUUGUCAAUGACCCCCGGCCCCAGAACCCAUACAACAGAUUGUACACAGUGGAGUACCUGAGUAACAUGGUUGGGGGAAGAAAGACUCUUUACAACAACCAGCCGAUUGAGCUCUUGAAAAAAGUGGCUGCCUCUUCUAUUCGGGACGGAGAGGCAGUCUGGUUCGGCUGCGACGUCGGCAAGCAUUUCAACAGCAAACUGGGCAUCAAUGACAUGAACAUAUUUAAUCACAAGCUGGUGUUCGGGGUGUCUGUCAAGAACAUGAACAAGUACGAGCGGCUGAUCUUCGGGGAUUCCAUGAUGACCCAUGCCAUGGUCAUCACCGCUUUCACGGAGAAGGAAGACCAAGAGGGUUCCUUUGAGAAGUGGCGUGUGGAGAACUCAUGGGGGGAAGAUCGUGGAAAUAAAGGUUAUCUCAUCAUGGCAGACAACUGGUUCUCGGAGUACGUGUACGAAGUGGUGGCGGACAAGAAGCACGUGCCCGAAGACGUCCUGGCGGUGAUGCAGCAGGACCCAAUAGUCCUGCCUGCGUGGGACCCGAUGGGCGCUCUGGCCAAGUGAACUCUUGGGGGGGCCUUGCUGCCUUCUCCUCCUGGUCAACCUUGAAGCAAGCGUGGCGGGGUCUGGAAGGCCAGGAGCCGUGGCAAAGUGAUCACACAGCCAUGUUCUCCGCUGGGGGUGUGGCAGUCGCCGGUGGUUCGCUGCAGGUCCUCCACAGGAAGUUGUGCUCCCCCCCACUGACGGGGCUACUCUGCAAUCUUGCCGUUGCCGUGUGCUUUUCCCAUUGUAGUACAAUUGUCCCUUUUUUCUUGCAGUCCUUUUAAAAAAAAAUUCUUUUCUUUAUGCACUUGGUGUGUUUUGAACUCCUUCCAAAGCGACACUUUCAAGCAAAUGAUAUGUGCAGAAGAUGGGUGCAGGGUGACGAUUGUGGAGGAACCAAGGGUACCCGCUUGAGAUGAACGGUGGUGGUAGUGUCUGGUGGCUUCGCCUGCCUCUUUUUGGAGUGAGGGAGAGUCAUGGGGUUUCGUUGGCUCUGUCCAUUUUUUAUCCACAAGCUUCCGUCUGUCUGCCUGUCCUGACUGUGGUACAGUCUGAAUUGUCUGGGGGAGGGGGGGGUUUGACUUAGAAAUGGUACACCAGAUUCUGAGCCAACAGGAUUGUUAAUUCAGCCUGGCUCAACAGAACAACCACUUAGAUGUCUUCAUGGGCGAAACUGAAGAAUGCAAGAUGCCCAAGCAAAAAAAACAAAGCGUUUUUUUAAAUCACGGAUUUUAUUCAAAUGCUGUUGACAAUUAGAUGGUGCUAUUAUGCGUUUUAAAUAAAUACAAAUUGCUGAAUG